UCGAAUACAAACCGUGACAUAAAAUUCUUAAAUAUGGUGAAAAGUAAACGUGAUUUGAACACCCCUCGUCGAAGGGAUUCCUUGACAAAGAAUAGGGCCAUUGCAAGAACAGUUUCCCGGCCGACCUCUGCCGCUGUACAGGUAGCAGCGGUCCAGCCUGUAGUACCAAAUAUUAGAGUAGUUGUUAGAGUAAGACCUCCAAAUGAAAAGGAACAAGGAGAAAAUUGUAGGAUGGUAGUUAAGGUGGUAGAUGAUCAGAUGCUGAUUUUUGAUCCGAAGGAAGAUGCUCAAGCAUUCUUUUUUCAUGGUGUACAACAGCGAGGACGAGAUUUACUUAAAAAAUCUCAUAAAGAUAUGCAGUUUAUGUUUGAUAAAGUGUUCUCGAAGGACUCGAAUAAUGAGGAUGUUUUUCAAAAUAGCACACAUUCAUUAAUAAAUUCCCUUAUGGAUGGAUAUAACUGCUCAGUGUUUGCGUAUGGCGCAACCGGUGCUGGUAAAACGCACACGAUGACAGGGAAACCAGAAACUCCCGGAAUUACAUUUCUUACAAUGACGGAACUGUUUCGAAAACGUGAUGAACUUACUAUAGAAAGAGAAUUUGAACUUGGUAUUACAUAUUUAGAGGUAUACAAUGAACUGGUAAAAGAUCUGUUAAAUCCUGGAUCACCCUUACAACUUAGAGAAGAUGGGAAAUACGGUGUUAUGGUGGCUGGUAUUAAAGUGCAUAAAAUUCAAAAGCCUGAGGAGUUGUUUAGUUUGCUAGAUUACGGAAAUAAGAAUCGGACACAGCAUCCAACGGAUGCGAAUGCUGAGAGCUCCCGAUCACACGCUGUUUUUCAGGUGUACCUACACAUGACCAUUAAAGGAACUGGCGAGGUACAAACCGCAAAACUAAGUAUGAUAGAUCUAGCGGGUAGCGAACGAGGCUCCGCAACCGGCUACGUGGGCGCCCGUUUCACGGAGGGGGCUAACAUCAACAAGUCUCUCCUCGCGUUAGGAAACUGCAUUAACAGCUUAGCUGAUGGUCAGCGGCACGUUCCCUAUCGAGAUUCGAAACUUACCCGUCUCCUAAAAGACAGUCUAGGUGGCAACUGUCAGACGGUUAUGAUAGCCAACGUGUCUCCGUCUUCGCUGAGUUUCGAGGACACCUACAAUACACUAAAAUAUGCCACACGAGCUAAGAAGAUCAAGGCGAACAUUAAAAGGAACGUCGUCAACGUGGAAUUGCACGUCGGGCAUUACGUAAAGAUGGUGGAAGACUUACAGAAGGAGAAUAGCUCUUUGAAAAUACAGCUCAACGACGAAAAGAGUAAAAAUUGUUGUAACGAGGCCCUGCAAAGUGAAUUCGAUAAGUUGAAAGCUCAGGUUGAUAAUAUUUGUGUGCAAGGCGGGCGAAUUGUCGAUGAGGAGCUGAAGGAUACGGUCAAAUCGCUGGUUCAGGAGAAGAAGGACGUUCUCGAGAGGCAGUUUCAGCUCUUGAAAAGUGAAAUGGGGACCAACUUGAGAAGGAGGAUAAAAGAAGAAAUAGAUGCUAGGUUGAGCGAUGUUUGUACAAACACGCCCGAGAAAAAGGAGGCUCACAGGAAGAUAUCCAACAUGGUGGACCGGUUCAAAAAGCAAGAGACUGCUAUAAAGGGCGAUAUAGCGUUGACCGAAACCACAAGGUUGGAAGUAGAUAAAAAAAUUGACGAUCUAGUCAAGGAACACCCCGAGCUGGAAACGUUUGUUGAAUUAGAGACGAAAAAAUUGGAGAUUUUUGCCUUGGAGCAACAGCUCGAAAUCGAACAGAGGCAGUCCAGCCUUCUCAUGGAGGACCACACGGAGAAAUGUACGCUUCUUGAAAAGAUGGCGGCGUUCGUGAAACCAUGCUACCUUACGCUGAAAGGCCACGGUUUCGUGACGUCCACGCUCACAAAACAAUACCAGGAAAUAGUGCUGGACUACCAAGGCCGAAAGAACAUAAAGUGGGCGCAGAUCCCAGAUUCCGGCAUCGGUUCCUCUUCCACCCUCGGAGACGGCGAGGAGACCAAAUCGAACAAUAACAAGAGAAAGAUAGACGAGCCGGCAGUAGGCACUACCCUGGACAGCACCUUCACCAUGUCCAUAAACUUAACCCCGAACAAACCCAAAGCGAAAAUGUGUGCCGAACAGCUCAUGUCAAAAGUUUUUAAGCCACCGCCAGCCAAAAGGUUAGUCAGUGGUUUAUCCCCUAGGUCGCCUAGGGCUAAGGACAAGGCACUGAGGAGGCCAUUCGGAGCGAUCGAUUCCACAAGAACGGUACUGUCGGCGAAAAGUAAGUCCGGGUUAAGAGCCGGCACCAAAUUAACGACAGCACAGAAAUCCCUAGCAGAUCGUCCCCGUUUUAGGAGUUAAUGAACCGUAACCAGUCGACACCAAUAUACCUUAUAUAACGUUAUAGUUUGCAAUAAUUAACAUAUUUAUUUAUAAUUCUUGCUUUUAUAUUAGCUUUUCAGAGUUUAUUGUAAAUAAAUCGAUUAUUUUAUAUUUUAA